AUGAUUUUGAAACUAAACAUUAUGAGGCUUCAAAUUGCAAUCAUCGCGAUUGCCAAUACUCUUGCGAACACAACGCCUCAAGACAACAACACCAAAAUCGACGACUGGGCCACAGAUUAUCAGGGGCCUCCAGCAGAGAUCAAUGUACCGUCGCCCCACAAUGUGAUUACACCUCUCAAUGGAACUACCUAUCAAAUUGACUGGGACGAUGAAGACCAAUCAUUUGUACCACGAGAAGACGACACCAAUGUUACCAUCUCGGACCCUGAAAAACAGUGGCCUACUGGGCAACUCGACUGCGCUCAAGGCUACCGUCAAUUCAACGAGCUUACACAAAAGAAGGUCUACCAUAUCGGUAUCUAUGCCCCCGAUGACAUCGAGACUACCGUCCAAGGUUUCAACCUAACCUUCGAAACCUAUCUCACCGAGGCAGUUGGAAAACGCUGGGACCCUCCCAUCGAGUUCAAGAUGGUACCUACACGCUAUCCUUUGAUUGCGUGGAUCGACCAAGAUCAAGACGUGGAUAUGAUGUAUGCUGACUCUGGCUUCUUCUCGUGUACUGGUACCGAGAUUGGAGCUCAGCCUCUUGGAACCACAUUGUCUCGCACCAAGGUCCGAGGACGAUAUUAUGACCUUGAUGUCCUCGGUGGAACUAUGCUUGUUGCUGCAGACAACAGACAGAUCAAUAACAUUGCAGAUUUGAAGAACAAACGGCUCGCCGCUGUCAAGAUUUCUGAAUUUGCUGGUGGCCAGUCUCAAUUUUGGGUAAUGAUGAAGAACGGAUUGGAUUACAUCAUGGAUCCUGAUCAAGUUACAUUCACAGAUAAUCAAGAAGAUGUCGUGAGAGGUGUUCUCGAUGGGAGCUGGGACGUCGGCUUCGUUCGAACGGGAGUAGUCGAACAGACCACCGAUCUUGAAACGGGAGAGCUGCUCGAUCCAGAGCUUUUCAAGGUCGUGUCUCCAAGGAUCUACAUUAUGGAUGAUGGCGACCUCUUUCCGUAUCUGCACUCGACACCUGUCGUUCCGGAGUGGCCGCUCUUUGCCAAGCAAGACCUCGACCGAGUAAUCGCAGAGGAAGUGUCAGCAGCUCUCAUCAACUUUCACUAUCACAACAAUGUGGGUCGAGCUAUUCAUGAGUGUUUGGAUGCCGCCAUCUCCCCAACGGAAAUCGACUUGUGCAAUACCAUGUCACCUUCAGAUUUUGUGAAAGAAGCACGCUGCGAUACCACUCGAGAGAUGGCAGAGUUGGCAUAUCAAGCAGGACUGGCAGGUCGUCACAGCGGCUUUCGUUCAGCAAGGUCUCACUUUGAGCUAAGAACGAUCGUCCAGGACAUUGGUUUUGUUGAACAAAACAAGAAUGGCGAUUGGCAGUGUCCUCGUGUAACGACGUUGUAUGACGCUAUCAAAUGUCCUGAGGGUCAUUAUAAGGUUCCAGAGGAUAUGUUUGAUCAUCAAUGUGAGCUUAAAGGCCUAUCGUGCCCAAAAGAAAAAGGGUAUUCUUGUUUUUGCAAGCCUUGCAUCAAGGCAUUUGAGGUGGAUCUAUUCCAAUUUGAUAAGGAGGAGGGGGUGCCGGACUCCGAUCUCAGCAUCUUGGGCGGCUGUGACAAGAUGUCUUUAUGUGGGGAAGUGGAACAGGGAGAACAGCUGGAUUUUCACGUACAUGAUAACUUGGAUAGAGACAAUGCCACAUUGACAGCAUUAGUACAUUUUGGACAGGAAACACGGGCUUUGACGGUCACAACGACACCAGAUGAAGAUCAUGCCUAUGAUUUCAUUUUUUCGCAGAACCAACGUGGAGUUGCAAUUCUCGAAAUCGCUGUCGAUGGCGUUCAAGUACCUGAGUCACCAUGGAGAGUUGAAGUGAUUGAAAAGGUUUGCUUUGAGAAUCAAAUGGUUGCCAACGAAGAUGGAUUAUGCGUGUGCUCCAAUAACUCUAAGUUGAUCAACGGAAAAUGCAUGGCGGAUGGGACUUUUGCAGGCAUCAUCGCAGGUGCUUGUGGUUUCAUCUUGCUGCUCUUGCUAUGGAGAUUCAUGAACUACAGACGAGAGAAGAGCGAUGAAGUAUGGAAAGUCAACGUAGAUGAAUUGCACUUCAGCCAUCCUGCUGAAGUAAUUGGACAAGGUGCAUUUGGGGUUGUACUGCUUGCUGAGUAUCGUGGUACGAAUGUCGCUAUCAAGCGAGUACUGCCAAUUAAGAAGAAGGGCGGAUCAGCCAAGACGUCCGGGUCGAUGGCUGCUACAUCCAACGAGGUCGAAGAAGAUUCUGCCGACGACAAAAGAGCAGAAGAACAAGAAUCGUAUGAUGCCAACCAUUCACAAGAUCUUGAAGCGCCUUUGGAAUCAUUUGGGGUCAAACGAGGUAGUCUUGCAACUAGUACAACGGGCACGGGAGACAACUCGAAGUUGGGAUUUCUUGUUGGACUUGGCCAACGACACCGCAAACAGUCCACGAUUAGCCGAAUGCUCUUCGGCUCUCAAGAGACAUCUGCAUACAACAUGAACGUACUUGGCACCGCGUCUGCUGGUUCGAGCACUCAUAGAGGCAUCAUGGCCAAGGUUUUUCCAUGGUGCGAUGAUACCACUCAGAGGCAGUACGAGUUCAAAGAAGAAAUGAGACUUUUGUCCAGGCUCCGCCAUCCAUGCAUCACCACUGUUAUGGGAGCAGUCAUGAACGGAUACGAGCCAAUGAUGGUUAUGGAGUACAUGGAAAACGGUUCUUUGUACGACCUUUUGCGAAACGAGACUCUGUACACUGGAGGAGAAAUCAUCCUCCAGAUUGUUCGCGACGUAGCCCAGGGCCUUCGCUUCUUGCAUGCGUCGAAACCGCCUAUUCUUCAUGGAGACCUCAAGGCGAAAAAUAUCUUAAUUGACUCUAGAUUCCGGGCAAAGGUUGGUGACUUCGGCCUUGCGUUGAAGAACAAUCGCGGCUUGUCUGGCACUCCUUUCUGGUUAGCUCCAGAGUACAUCCUGCGAAAAACAAACUACAACAGCAACUGUGACAUUUACUCGUUCGGCAUCAUCUUGUACGAGAUCUAUAGCAGAAACACCCCAUACUCAGGGGAGGAUCCUAGAUCAGUUCUUCGCAAGGUGUGCGAUCCACGCCUAAACUAUAGACCCGCUGUUCCAUCUUCCUGCCCAAAGAAGAUGUCAGACAUCAUGCAGAAGUGUUGGAGUAGCGACCCUCUCUUUCGUCCAGACGCGAAGGAUCUUGACAUGAUUUUUGGUGAAGCGAGUGCUAGCGACACCGAGCCACUUGCUGACGCCAAUCCCAUGGCGCGCAUAAGGACGGAAGUGGCUACUGGAGACAUGCUAUACAAGGUUUUCCCCAAGGCUGUCGCUGACAAGCUCAAGGCAGGACAAAAGGUCGAACCGGAAACACACAAUAACGUGACCAUUUUCUUCAGUGAUAUCGUCCGAUUUACUGAUAUCUCGCGAGCGCUGUCUCCAGUGAAGGUCUGCAACAUGUUGGAUCGCUUGUAUCUUGCGUUUGAUGCACUGGCUACCAAACACGACGUGUUCAAGGUGGAGACGAUAGGCGAUGCUUGGAUGGGAGUGACAAACUUGGAAAAUGAUCAGAACGAAACUCAUGCAAAGCGCAUUGCCGAGUUUGCCAUCGACGCUGUCAAGGCUGCAGGUCGGGUUUUGAUCGACGAAGAUGAUCCCGAAGCUGGAUAUGUCCACAUCCGUGUAGGUUUCCAUUCUGGUCCUGUUGUCAGCAAUGUGAUUGGAUCGUUGAAUCCGAGGUACGGCCUCUUUGGAGAUACCGUGAACACAUCAUCAAGGAUGGAGAGUUUGUCAAUGAGCGACAAGAUUCAAUGUUCUGAGGCGGCAGCCAAGUUUCUACAGGAGCAAGCUCCAGAUAUGCCAUUGCGCAAGAGAGGCAAGGUUGCAGUAAAGGGCAAGGGCAAUAUGGUCACCUAUUGGGUUGGAGAAAGCUCACCCAUAAGAAUGGUCCCGGAAUUCAACGCCCAACCAAUGGUGAAUUUUGCAGGCGACACUGUGACUUCACCGCCGGCAACUGAGUUGUCGAGAUCUAAAUUCAACGAACAUCACGCGGUGAAUUUCGGUGAAACGACAAUCUUGGCUCUAAGACCAGAAAGGCAGAAGCCCAAAAAACCAAACAAGGUGAGAUCAUUAUGCGCUGUUGGAAUCGACAUGUCAGCGUCCAUACACGAGGAGUGGAAACAUGAUUCGAGCAACCUCUAA